UCAAAGGGUUAAUUUUUCAUGAAGUUUCUAAAUUAUUUUAUAAGAAAGUUUUCAGAGAAAGUACCAAGGAAAUGGCCUAUUCCAGGUGUGAAUCACGUGAUCCUCGUUGCUUCUGGUAAAGGUGGAGUUGGAAAAUCUACAACAGCUGUUAAUUUAGCAGUGACAUUAGCAAAUGUGAAGGGGCUGAGGGUCGGUCUGUUAGAUGCUGAUGUGUAUGGUCCCUCAUUGCCACGUCUAAUGAACCUCUCGGGACAACCUGAACUGGAUAAACAAGACAAGAUGAUACCACUGACCAAUUAUAAUGUGAAAUGUAUGUCAAUGGGUUUCUUAGUAGAGGAAUCAGAGCCGAUAGUGUGGAGAGGAUUAAUGGUAAUGUCAGCAAUACGGAGGUUAUUAAGAGGUGUGGCCUGGGGUCUAUUGGAUAUAUUAGUAAUUGAUAUGCCACCUGGUACUGGAGACACUCAACUAUCAAUAUCAGAGAAUAUACCUGUAUCUGGUGUGGUUUUAGUGUCAACUCCACAGGACCUCUCAUUAUCUGAUGCUAGGAAAGGAGCUGAAAUGUUUAAGAAAGUUAACAUACCGGUUUAUGGUAUUAUAGAGAACAUGAGUGGUUAUGUGUGUCCUAAUUGUGGACAUCAUUCAAACGUGUUUGGUAAAGUAGGAGGAGCUGACAAACUGUCUAAAGAUGUGGGUGUGGACAUAAUAGGUGUGAUUCCAUUAGAUGGUGAUAUUUGUGAAUUAUCAGAUAAAGGUCAACCAAUAGUUAUAUCAAGGCCUGAUAGUCCACAGGCUAAUUCAUAUAAGAAUAUAGCUGAGAGGGUUCUGGAAUUAUUGCCACCUUUAGCAGACCCCCAUCAGUAGUAUGAAUAGUAGUUCUGCUUAGCCAGCCCCUCCCUCACAAGCAGUUUAGCAACUGUGUGUGAUUAGUAUUCUUUACACUGAAUAAAUGGGAUAGCUGAUAGUGUAUACUAAGUCGAAUGCAACUUUUUGUCACUAAAAUUUUUGUUCAUUUUGUGGUUUGUACUACUAUAGUCGAAUUAAAAUGAAGCAAUCUGGUUUGCACUUUGGUAUGUGGGCAGGACUCCUAAUGUAUGGGCGGGUAUCAAUGAAUCUAAUUAACUGAUCACAAGAUGUCGUUAGAGCGCAAGUGUUGGGAUGCGUUUGAGAAU